AUGUCCUUCAAAGCAGCGCAGCCACUCUUCCCGCCUCCUUCAGGUCCACCCUCGUCCCUGUCACCUCAGAGAUGGCCAGGAAUUACGCCAGACACAACGCGGUCUCUCCUCAAGACGCUCGAAGACAACCACAAGCGAUGGCAUAUCUUUUUUGACAUGGAGAAGGAGUUCCACGAUCAUGCAUCCCACCAUCUGCUCGCCAUCUGGGCGAUGGGCGCUCAGGGGCCCGUCAUCGAGGCUGCCUAUCAGACUCACUGCGAAUUCCAGACCCCGGCGUUCGACUCUCCAGGUCCCAUCGACCAUAACAACUUCUGGGAUCAUCUCGGAAAUCAAAAGUACUAUCAGGCAUAUCUAGCGUUCUUCCGAGAAGAGUUGCAGAAGAAGGGUUUCUCAAAGACGUUCGAGGAAUAUGUCUUUUCGAAAAAGGCCAACUACAAUGAUGAGCUGGUCGCGCAGGGAAAGAAACAUCCAGAGAUGCUGAAUCGCAUCGUUGAUGGCUUAUUCCAUCCCUACAUCCACGUCGGCUACGGGGCCGAGUUUGGGCUCUUGGGUCAGGCAGCCGAGGGCCUCGCUAUGACGGCUAUUCACCCCGCUCUCUCUAGCGACCUCCUUCCGCCCGCCUUCUUCAGUGAACCUUCCAUUGGCGAAACCAUCUCCAACACCGUCAGCUCGCUCACCAACCUUUCGCUCGACGACUUCCUCUCUCCAUCGCUGCCCGACCUCGCCUCGCUCUCCGCGAGCAAAGUCUCCGUGCAUCCAUUCACGAUCCUCGCCCGCGUCCAAACCGAUAAAAGGUUCGAUAACGUGCCCGCGCCGAACCCGUUCACGUUGUACGAGGACCUCAUCGGCAAAUACGGCCCCGCAAUCCGCGAGUACGCCGCGCUCUGGCAGCCUAAUACGAGCAGCCCGGCGCUUGUCGCGAGUCAUGUCGAAGAGCUAUCGUGGUUGAACGUGAUCAUCUAUGGCAUUGCUGGGUGGAAGGAAGACGGGCGGUAUAAUGCCGAUUUCUUCUACAUGCACCUAGUCACCUCCGUGCUAUUCACCCCCUCCCUGCUCGCCUACCUCACCCCCUCCUCCCAAUCUCUCCUCCUGCGCGCCUACUUCGCCGUCGCCCUCGCAUGGUACGUCAUCCGCGGGCGCCCCGCACUCCACAUCGCCCCCUUCCUGCGCGGCACCUCCGCGCUCCUCACGCACCCAACCCUGCGCGGCCCCGCGCCCUCCCCGUCCAAAGAGACACUGCCGAGCCCGUCCGACGCGCUCGCGCACACGCCCAACGCGUGGCUGCCCAUCGUGCAGACGACGCUCGUGCACCCCAACGACCACCUGUGCAAGAUCCAGCGCGCGCUGGCGCACUUUGGGAGCGCGUACGGCACGCGCGAGCGCGGGCACUGGGGGGAGACGGAGCUCGCGGGCGCGGAGGAGCUUGAUGGGAGUCUGUUUCUGCGUGUGGCGAGGCUCACGGCGGACAGGCUGCAGUGGAUGCGCGAGGGCGAGGAGAGGGAGCAGUUUGAUUUUGGUGGGUUUUAUGCGACGGAGCGGGAGAAGGAGGUGCAUAACGUGGCGGGAGUGGAUGUGCUUGUGUAA